GAGCCAUUUGUAUCAAAGCAUUGUGAUUCAGUAUCAUUGGCUGGCUGCCCGAAGAUUAAAAUAAAAGCAAAUUACAUCCGUUCCAGGACUUCCCAGUCAGCAUUUGAAAGCGGAAAGAUCGAGUAGCAAAUCGGAACUCGUGUACAUAUCGAAGCUUUUCAAAGAGAUAAUCCGGAGAAGGGUGAGUUAUGGCCCGAUACGACAGAGCAAUCACUGUUUUCUCGCCGGAUGGCCACCUUUUCCAGGUCGAGUACGCUCUCGAAGCCGUGCGCAAAGGUAACGCCGCCGUCGGUGUUCGAGGCACCGAUACUAUCGUACUUGCCGUCGAGAAAAAGUCCGCUCCUAAACUUCAGGAUUCCAGAUCAGUGAGGAAGAUUGUCAAUUUAGAUGAUCACAUAGCCUUGGCUUGUGCUGGCCUGAAGGCCGACGCACGUGUUUUGAUCAACAGAGCACGUAUCGAAUGUCAGAGCCACAAGCUUACAAUCGAGGACCCUGUUACCGUUGAAUACAUAACCCGUUAUAUUGCCGGUCUUCAGCAGAAAUAUACACAGAGUGGUGGUGUGAGACCUUUUGGACUCUCGACUUUGAUCAUUGGGUUUGACCCACACACAGGCAUUCCAUCACUUUACCAGACAGACCCAUCCGGAACAUUCUCUGCGUGGAAAGCCAAUGCUACUGGCAGAAAUUCAAACUCGAUUAGAGAGUUUUUGGAGAAGAAUUACAAGGAGACAUCUGGACAGGAAACCGUCAAGUUGGCAAUCCGUGCUUUGCUGGAGGUUGUGGAGAGCGGAGGAAAGAACAUUGAAGUUGCCGUGAUGACUAAAGAUCACGGUUUACGGCAGCUUGAAGAAGCUGAUAUUGAUGCCAUUGUUCUCAAGAUAGAGGCUGAGAAAGCUGCUGCUGAGGAUGCCAAGAAGACUCCUUCAUCCAGGGAAACUUCAUAAAUAUUCCAAUACUUUUGAAUUGGACUUUUAUCACCAUGUUCUGCUCAUGUGAAGCUCUUGAAUCCGUGAAGGGUAAACAAGAAAGUGUCCUAUGGGAUCAGUGUGGAAAUAUACUUUAUGAAAACGAAUAUACUAGUGUACAAAAUAUUUGUGGCAGCGUGUAUGUCGACAAUGAAAUGAAGUACGAAAACUCUGUGGAUGUAAAGAAUCUGGAUGAAAUAAAGGAAAAUAAUGGAACAAAUCCAAAAGGAUUUGAUAGCUUGUUUGGAUUUACUUUUUGGCUAAAAGACGCGCCCAUUGAAAGCGUAGGAGGUGUGUGCCACCAUCCGGAUCGUCGCAAGCCGGCCGUACUUCUCGCCGUCUACUCGACCGAGACCAAGGCCCGCAACGGGAAGCCCGCAAAUCUUUCCAGAUGCCGAGCUGGUCAAAACGUGACUGGUGUAGGUAUGUUGCGGCUUGGACUGAUUGCCAUUGUACCUCAAAAUUCAACCAAAAUUUUGAGUGUUAUCGAGAACGGGGAUGGAUUUUGGAAUGAAAUUUUGGUUGAGGAUGUUGAGAUUGAAAGUGUGAGGGAGAGACCGGUUUUGAGGAUUUUGGGACAUUGUUUGCUAGGGCUGUUGAAUGCUGAUGAGGUGGAGGAUGCAACAUCCAUGGCCAUUCACCGCAUGUAUGCUCGAGCUUCAAAUGAUUUGGUUCCUCAAGCUAUUUUGGCGACUAGGAGUUUCACACCUCUUCUCGAACCCAAACGUCGGCACACCCGCAGCUCCCGACGACUCGCACGGUGGCAGAUGCGGCCCAUACGACGGUAG